AUGACAUCCACGCAGUCUACUCCAGUCGCGCUACCGCGCGUCGCCAUAACCUACUGCACGCAAUGCCGAUGGAUGCUUCGAGCGGCAUAUUUCGGGCAAGAGCUGCUGUCUACAUUCGGCACGCAAAUCGGCGAAAUAGCGCUCGUUCCUGCGACUGGGGGGCUGUUUACUAUCGAGCUGGUAAGACGGGAUGGAGACGAGGUUCAGAUCAGGAAAGUGAUGCUCUGGGAUAGGAAGGAGGAGGGAGGGUUUCCAGAGACCAAAGUGCUUAAGCAGCGUGUCCGCGACUACAUCGACCCCGGGAAGGACCUAGGGCAUUCAGACCGGCACGGGAAGAAGAAAACAAACGAAGUCACGCAGGAGCAGAGUGUGAAGAGGAAUUCAGAUGGCACAGUGUGCGCAGACUGCACUUGA